AUGCCACCUGAUCAUCAUGGCAAACAACAGAUGAUUCAGAAGUGUCAAGAAUACUAUAGAGAUAACAGGAAAGAACUGAAACUUAUUCAAGACUUUGAUGAGACCUACCAACGAGAUGAUGCGAUUCGAUGGUAUACAAAACAGUCCUUUGUUUAUAAACUCAUCAACAAAGCUCUUCGAACAGAAGAUAUCGAACAGCUGUACCUGUUUCGAUUCUUCAUCGUUGAUCUUUGUUCAUGUCUUGCACAAGAAUAUGAAAAACUGAAACAGCGAGAAAAGAAUGUACUCCGAGUCUAUCGUGGUGUUAAUUUAUCGAGUGAGGAAUUUGAGAAGUUGAAAGAGAAUGAAGGCAAACUGAUUUCGACCAAUGGCUUUCUCUCAACCAGUCGUUCUCGUGAAGUAGCUUUGCAUUUUGCGGGUGAAUCAGCAAAGCAUCGAGAUGAGGUUGGCGUUUUGUUUGAGAUCGAGUGUGAUUUAAGUGAGCUACAUGAUGCUAUUACGGUGGCCGACAUUGCCCACUUCAGCAAUUUCGCUGAUGAAGAGGAAGUUCUGUUUGAUUUAGGUGCGACGUUCGAGAUACAUUCUGUUCACCGAAGAGAGUCGAACGUUUCCGUUGUAGAAAUGGUAGCGACGAGUAAAGGAAGAGAGACUGCCCAAGACUAUAUUGCAUUGAAUAGAAAAGAGUUAGAAGAAAGUAGUGUUGUGGUGAUGUUUGGUACACUUCUGUGUGACAUGGGACAAUACGACAAAUCGCAGAAGUACUUUGAGAAUGUGCUGCGAAGUCCAGGAAAAGAGGAUAUUGCACACAUUCAGUUUAGCCUUGGUCGUGCUUAUGACUUCAAAGGCGAACACACUAAAGCGCUAGACCUGUAUGAGCGUUCCUAUGACAUCAUGAUGAGUUCAACGCAAAUAAAUGUCAAAGAACAAGCCAGGGUACUGAACAAUAUUGGCAGUGUUUAUGAUACGAAAGGUCAGUAUGAUCGUGCUUUCGAAUAUUAUGAGAAAAGUCUGAAGAUACGAGAAACAUGUUUGUCACCUGAUCAUCCAGAUAUUGCUGGUAGUCUGAAUAAUAUAGGUCAAGUUUAUUCUGAUAAAGGAGAGUAUGAUUGUGCUCUGGGAUACUAUAAGAGAGGUUUGAAGAUAAUGGCAAAAUGUUUGCCACCUAAUCAUCCAGAUAUUGCUAGUAGUCUGAAUAAUAUAGGUCAAGUUUAUUCUGAUAAAGGCGAGUAUGACCAUGCUCUGGGAUACUAUAAGAGAGGUCUAAAGAUAACGGAAAAAUGUUUGCCACUUUAUCAUCCAGAUAUUGCUAGUAGUCUGAAUAAUAUAGGUCAAGUUUAUUUCCGAAAAGCUCAGUAUGAUCGUGCUCUGAAAUAUUAUGAGACGAGUCUGAACAUAAGAGCAACAUGUUUGCCAGCUGAGCAUCCAGAUAUUGCUGGUAGUCUGAAUAAUAUAGGUCAAGUUUAUUCUACAAAAGGCCAGUAUGAUCGUGCUUUGGAAUAUUAUGAGACAAGUCUGAAGAUAAGAGAAACGUCAUUGCCACCUGAUCAUCCCAAUAUUGCUAAUAGUCUGAAUAAUAUAGGUCAAGUUUAUUCCAGAAAAGGCGAGUGUGAUCGUGCUUUGGAAUAUUAUGAGAGAAGUUUGAAGAUAAGAGAAACAUGUUUCCCAGCUGAUCAUCCAUAUAUUGCUAGUAGUCUGAAUAAUAUUGCAAUUGUUUAUUCCAGAAAAGGCGAGUAUGAUCGUGCUUUGAAAUAUUAUGAGAAAAGCCUAAAGAUAACAGAAAAGUGUUUUUUGACUGCUCAUCCUCCUACUGGCAAGUGUGAUUAG